AGAAGAUAUUUUCGAUUAUGGUUCUUUUCUAUUACGCAAAAGGAUUUUUGAACGAGGUUAAAGAAUUGUCUCGCGUGUGCCAAUGACCUUUUCGCGUUCUGUGGUUUUUAAAUGCCCAAAGUGAUAUUAAAAGGACGGACCUAUAAAAAAUGUUUUAUAAAAAUAGAUUAGAGGGUUUAGCGAUUAGUAGGAACAAAAAUAUUAAAGCGUAUUAUUUUGAACGUUUAUUAUGAACAAUUUAUCGAUCCUUCGAUAGAAAUGCAAACAUGGAAUACUCUAAUUUUAGAAAAAUCAAUAGACUUAUCAGUUGCCUGAAACUAUGGAGCAGGAACAGAAAAAAGUAAAACACAAAGGCUUUGCAAGCUUUUUGUUGCCCAAUAAACCGCCGAAUAAGGUGGGAGUAACUGUGAACAGAACUCAGAGUGCAAAAGAAACAAAUUUGAAUAAUAUGACAAUAUCUGAGGCAAAGGCCCCUUGGACCAUGUCCAAACGACCUCUAAGUUUUGAUACAAAAAACGGUGCGGUUAUGACAAAAUCCGACGUUGGACCGAGAGCAUAUUCGUUAAAGAGGGAGAAUAGUCUCUCAGAAAGUAACUUGUGUGAGGAGGAUGAUAUACCAAAACCUUUAGAAAAAUACGGCUCGCAUGAAAGCGUCUUGAAAGAAGGUAUAACCAGUCUUCAUUUAAUUCCGACAGUAAAAGCGAGACAGAGAAACUUUCUCCAUGGCAAGAUUGGUGCAAAUCCACUUUUAGGUUCGAAAGAACUAGAUAGAGUUUGUCGCAACAGGGAAAUUACAAUAUUUGUUGGCACAUGGAAUAUGAAUGGACAUUCAGCACCAAAAGAACUGAAUGAUUUCGUGCUGCCUAUAGGAAUAAAACAUGUACCUGAUAUCUUAACCUUUGGAACCCAGGAGUCAUGUUCUGAAAGAUUCGAGUGGGAAGUAUCCUUGCAAGAAACCAUUGGACCCUCUCAUAUACUUUAUCAUUCUGUUAGUUUAGGGACUAUUCAUUUGUGCGUUUUUAUUCGACGCGAUCUAAUAUGGUACAUUUCUAUCCCCGAGGACGCAAGCUUAUCAGUCAGACCUGGCACCGCAUUUCGUACCAAAGGCGCUGUUGCCAGUUCGUUUAUGAUUUUCGGCACUUCCUUUCUGUUCGUUACCGCUCACUUGACAGCCCACCAAGAAAAAGUUAAAGAAAGAGUUAGCGACGUUAAAAGAAUUGUCAAUUCGCUGGAUCUGCCUAGGGCCCUGCCCUGCAAAAACAAAAGUAAAGACGUAACGCAGAAUUUUGACUAUGUGUUUUGGUGCGGCGAUUUAAACUUUCGUCUGGCCACGCCUCGCAGCAAGGUGCUCGAAUGGCUGUCGAACACAAGCUUCCCAUUACCGGAUCACUUGCCGCACGGUUACCUACACCACGAUCAACUUUGCGCUGUGCUCGCCGAGGGGGCCGCUUUCAGGGGGUUCUCCGAGGCGAAAAUAACGUUCCCCCCCACUUAUAAGUACGAUCCGGGCACUCAAAAUUUCGACAGCUCGUCGAAACAGAGAACUCCCGCGUACACGGAUCGAAUCCUUUACAAGCAAAAAAAUUGCCGAAGACUGAGCGGGGUGUUGGAAAACCCGCCGCUGCAGUGCGUCGUGUACGAUUCCGUACCCUCUAUCACGACUUCAGACCACAAACCUGUAUGGGGCGUGUUCAAGGUCCACCUGAGACCGGGCUUAGAUACAAUACCUCUGGCCGCGGGUCUGUUUAAUCGCGAAGUAUAUCUGGAGGGUCUUAAGAGGAGGGCGGAAACCCUGAGCAAAAGCAAAGGGACGACCGUGUGCGUGAUCCAGUGAACGUGGAUUAUCCAUUCCUGCGUCCGUCCGUUACCGCAGCGUUGUGAUUUUCUGUAGAUGCGCUCUUCCAUUACGGAAACAAUCAUUUUUAUAUGUUUUUCAGUUUGAUGAAUUGUGAUAUUCUUUCUAUAUCUAGUCGUUAGUAGUUCGUAUAACCCGGGAACUGACCAAAGAUAAUAAUUCAUAGAAAUAGGUGAUAGGUGCCCCUUAUAUUUUAUAAAAUAAAUCUCCACUUGUCCAAUGUCUGUUUUUUACCG